UAUGACUCACUGCACGUUUCCUAUAGCUGUUAGGCUGCUUUACUUGCUGUGCAAACAAACAAUUAAAUAAAAUAUUAUCUGUCCAGUGUCCACCUCAAAAAUAAGAGUUAGUACAAUACGUUCUUUUUACAACGAUAAGAUUCUUUUAAGGUUUGUAUUUGACGUCAGUAAAUUACACGACUUUCAUAAAAUCAUAAAUAUGACUACAGUCACUUUUGGCAAUAUAGCAUACGUUGUACAGUUUGACGUAAUGAAUACAAUCAAAUGCGCUUGUUCCUUAUUGAAGUUAUGCUUAUUGUCCCCGUCACAGGCGUUUGACAGCUUCCCCAAACAUCCUGACACAUUGUAACACUAUUUGGUUUAUGUAAUACUUUCCCUGUCGCACUUGUCUCUUUCAAACCUACAUGAACAUGCUGAUCAGGAAAAAGGUAAUCGAAAGGUUUCCCAGCAACAUUAAGUGGAAGGAACUGUAUGUACAUAAUAAAAAACCUUUUUUGUGGCGCACUAAUUAAUAGCCUAUAUUCACCAGUGCGGGGAAUUCACAGGAAGUAGCCACUCUGUCCACUUCACCAUACUAUAUCCUUAUAGCCUAAUUAUUGGAAGAUUUAUAUAUGUCAUACGAAUUUCCGAUGCAAUCACAACAGUCAGCGAAUAUGAAGCAUGCACGCUUUUUCAUGAGAUCCGUUUGACCUGAUAAACUCAGGUGCAGAGGUUGGGGGAUUACGCCAAAGGUAAAGAGACGAUACCACAGUGACGUAGUGGUAAUAACUGGGACAAAGAAGGAGAAUAUAAAAGCUCUAGAGUCACAACAUGCACUCCAAAUCUCGUCUGCGAGGAACAUCAGUCUACAUAAGAGGACAUAUCAUUAAAUCCACCCGUCUGCCUGCAAUAUGAAGUUCCUAACUCUGCUUGCUGUGAUGUGCUGGUGCUUUCUGUGCGGCCAGGCGAUGCACCUCAGGCGCCAGCGCCCCAAGCCAUUGGACAGCCCCGUCACCUGGAACAACCUCUAUGUGAUGACUGAACAUGCUCAGAAGGAAGACAAACACCACGAAACACGACUGUUUCCAGUGUUCUCCGAGGUCAUGCUAAAAGAAGAGGGCACUUGUUGCAUCAACACCAUGAUUUUGGAUUACUAUCUAAAGCACAUCUUGCAUGCAGAUGAUCAUGUUGAUAAAUACCCACAAAUUCGUCUUGUGAGGUCUGAUCUGCACAGGGUCGCAGAAGAUUUGAAACCGCAAUGUAGCAACAGUGCAGAUCAUGCGCAGGUCAAGAAGUACAAGGACAGAUAUAGUGCCUUUGAACGUAAAAGUUUGUCACUUGACGCUCGUAACAAAGCAAUCGGAGAGACGAUUAUUCUCUUCCACUACCUUUUUGAAUCCUGCUCUGCAAGAAUGUGACUCUGAAACUCUCCCCAGCAGUAUUGAUUUUUUUUUUUCAAUCUUCAAAGGAUUAUUUAUUAUGGACUUAUUUAUUUUAGAUAUUUAUUGUAUGUUAUAUGAAGUUUUACAAAUGGCAUGGGAACUGUGCUUUCAUGCUAUGUGUUGAAGGUCACACUUUUGACUGCUGUUGUGACUGCCUUGGGCAGACCACUGCAAAGUAAAUGCAUUGUAAAAGCAUUUUUAACUCAAGGUUUCAAAAAAGAAAGAAAGAAAAUGUAUUAUCUAGUUAUUAAUUUAAUUGAUUUUUUGCUAUAAAUUAAUUUAUUUUUCCGCAUACAACAGAAGAGAUGUUUGUUUUUGUUUUUUAAUAAAAUUAUA